CGCCGUGGCCGCCAUGUUGUUUUGCUUGGUUGUCGUAUCGCCGGUGGAGGCGGAGAAGGAGCGGCUCCGAGCGGCUCACAGACCCUUCACAGACCCUUCACCGUCUGCGGGGCUCACCAGGACCCGACGGAACCGGACCUGGAGCCGGACUCAUUGAGCCUCUUUGGUCCAUCUGACCUCCCUGAGUUGACAUGGCAACCUUCCCAGAGUACAUCGCGCAGAACGAGGAGCGUGACGGUGUGCGCUUCAGCUGGAACGUGUGGCCGUCCAGUCGUCUGGAGGCCACCCGAAUGGUGGUCCCCGUGGCGUCCCUGUUCACGCCCCUGAAGGAGCGGCCUGACCUGCCACCCAUCCAGUACGAACCGGUCCUGUGCAGCCGCGCCACCUGCCGUGCCGUGCUCAACCCGCUGUGCCAAGUGGACUACAGAGCCAAACUGUGGGCCUGUAACUUCUGCUACCAGAGGAACCAGUUUCCUCCAUCUUAUGCUGGAAUCUCAGAGGUGAACCAACCGGCGGAACUGCUGCCUCAGUUCUCCACCAUCGAGUAUGUGGUCCAGCGGGGGCCCCAGAUGCCGCUGGUCUUCCUGUACGUGGUGGACACCUGUAUGGAGGACGAGGACCUGCAGGCUCUAAAGGAGUCCCUGCAGAUGUCCCUGUCCCUGCUGCCGCCCACGGCUCUGGUUGGACUAAUCACCUUCGGACGCAUGGUCCAGGUCCAUGAACUGGGCUGUGAGGGGAUCUCCAAGAGCUACGUGUUCAGAGGGACCAAAGACCUGAAUGCCAAGCAGCUCCAGGAGAUGCUUGGUUUAACCAAACCUUCAGCAUCACAGGGACGAGGACCUCAAACCGCUCAGCAGCCUCUGUCCAACAGGUUCCUGCAGCCGGUGCAGAAGAUCGACAUGAACCUGACGGACCUGCUGGGGGAGCUGCAGCGGGACCCCUGGCCCGUCACUCAGGGGAAGAGGCCUCUACGCUCGUUGGGUGUGGCCAUGUCCAUCGCCGUGGGCCUCCUGGAGUGCACCUUCCCCAACACUGGCGCUCGCAUCAUGACGUUCAUCGGAGGCCCCGCCACCCAGGGGCCCGGCAUGGUGGUGGGAGAUGAACUGAAGACCCCCAUCAGGUCUUGGCAUGACAUCGAGAAGGACAACGCCAAGUUCAUGAAGAAGGCCACCAAGCACUAUGAGUCCCUUGCGUCCAGGGCUUCCUCUAACGGUCACAUGGUGGACAUAUACGCCUGUGCUCUGGACCAGACCGGUUUAUUGGAGAUGAAGUGCUGCUCCAACUACACCGGAGGGUACAUGGUGAUGGCUGACUCUUUCAACACGUCUUUGUUCAAACAAACCUUCCAAAGAGUCUUCACCAAAGAUGUCCAGGGCUCCUUCAAGAUGGCCUUCGCCGCCACCCUGGAAGUCAAGACCUCCAGGGAGAUCAAGGUGUCGGGCGCCAUCGGCCCCUGUGUGUCUCUGAACGCCAAAGGACCCUGCGUCUCCGAGAAUGAGAUCGGCACUGGAGGAACCUGUCAGUGGAAGAUCUGCGGUCUGGAUCCCAGCACCACACUGGCUCUGUACUUCGAGGUGGUCAACCAGCACAAUGCUCCGAUCCCUCAGGGCGGCCGCGGAGCCAUCCAGUUCGUCACCCAGUACCAGCACUCGUCAGGACAGAGACGCAUCAGAGUGACCACCACAGCCAGGAACUGGGCCGACGCUCAGUCUCAGAUCCAGAGCAUCGCGGCGUCCUUCGACCAGGAGGCAGCGGCCAUCCUGAUGGCCAGGUUGGCGGUUUACCGCGCCGAGACGGAGGAGGGGCCUGAUGUCCUGAGGUGGCUGGACCGCCAGCUGAUCAGACUGUGCCAGAAGUUUGGAGAUUAUCACAAAGACGACCCCAACUCCUUCAGGUUUUCAGAGACCUUCUCCCUGUACCCCCAGUUCAUGUUCCACCUGAGGCGUUCUCCGUUCCUGCAGGUGUUCAACAACAGUCCAGAUGAGAGUUCCUAUUACAGACACCAGUUCAACAGACAGGACCUGACCCAGGCCCUCAUCAUGAUCCAGCCCGUUCUCUACGCAUACUCCUUCAACGGACCACCAGAGCCAGUCCUGUUGGACAGCAGCAGUAUCCUCCCAGACCGGAUCCUGCUGAUGGACACAUUCUUCCAGAUCCUCAUCUACCACGGAGAGACUGUGGCUCAGUGGAGAAAGGCAGGUUACCAGGACAUGGCUGAGUAUGAGAACUUCAAACACCUGCUCCAGGCUCCAGUGGACGAUGCCCAGGAGCUGCUACACACACGCUUCCCCAUGCCCAGAUACAUAGACACAGAGCAUGGAGGGAGCCAGGCUCGUUUCCUGCUCUCUAAGGUGAACCCCUCCCAGACCCACAACAACAUGUACGCGUGGGGACAGGACUCUGGAGCUCCCAUCCUGACAGAUGACGUCAGUCUGCAGGUUUUCAUGGAUCACCUGAAGAAACUGGCUGUGUCCAGUGCCACCUGACCCCUGAUCCCUGACCUCUGACCUCUGAUCCCUGACCUCUGACCUCUGACCACUUACCCCUGAUCUCUUAUCCCUGACCUCUGACCCCUGUGCAUAGUUCCCUGUGUUUCGCUGCCUGCCUUCAACAAUCGUGCUGUGUUCGCUGCCUUUGCUCUUUGAACCUGCUUCAUCCAGUCAGAUUCAUCCUGGAUUCAAGGACACGCCCACCUUUCAGGUUCAUCUCAUUCCUCCAGGUCAAAGGUCAACAUCAGCAUUUUAGAACAUUUUUUUGGAGGAAUUCUGUUUGUACGUAUUAACAGACAGUUUAUAGACAGAAGAACACAUAGAUGGAAUCCAGUCUUUUCAAACUUUAAACAGAAGAAGAUGAACAAAGAGUGUAAAAGGAGUCUGAGCGUCUAAAGGUGACCUCCCACCACCUGGUGACCCCAUGUGACCCCUUCCAUCACCUGGUGACCCCAGGUCACCUCCCACCACCUGGUGACCUCAGAUGACCUCAGGUGAUGGGAGGUAACCUUAACCAAAGCUGACCAACCACUGAAAUCUGAUUGGUUAAUCAGAUUUCAGUGGUUUGUCCUCAGUUUGUGUGGUUUGUGCUGCAGUUCCUGUUUGGUCCUGCAGGGGUCAGACUGAUCACAUGGUCCCUGUAAACAGGUGUUGGUGGUGCAGUUCAGACUGGGGUCUGGUUCGAUGGUCAGUUGGUUCUUUGUUCUCAAACACUACACAUGUGUCUUAGUUUUCCUGUUUCUAAUAAAACUGCUGCAGAUGAA